UUCAAUAUACCAGGGCAGGAAGCACCCCACUUUGCGGACCGCUUGAGGGAGCACACCUGGGCGGACAGUUGAGGGAUCACCUGUCCAACCUAACCUAACCUCCUGCAGAUCGGGUUGGUACCAAAGCCGAGGCACCGAGAAGCAGGGGCGCCAGCGAGCGGGAGAAAUCCGCAUCUCUUUGCUUUCAAAGCCCACCCCGCCCCCAACCUCCCCCAUUCCCAGGCCUGGGCUCCCCAAGUCCUGCAGCCUCGGUCCAAGCCGGGGGCGUGUGCGAGGGGCGGGGCUGCGAGGAGCUCAAGGAUUGAAAAAAAUAAGCAAGGUAAUUAGCAUCCUGUAAUCCUAUUGGCUCUCUGCCUGUCUUCUUUACAUAUGCCCGCCCCUUUGGCUGCACGGGGUUUGCGAGGCCGCGGCUGUUGCUGCGCUUCAGUGAGGGGCGGGAGGGCCAGGAGCGAGCCGGGCCCGGGAGCGGCGAGCCGGGAUCCAGCAGCCAGUUGCCCGCGGAGCUGCGGCGGCGGCGUCGUCGUCGUCUUGGACCUUUUACCGCCUGCAAACGCCGAGGUGGGCGUCCAGCGGCUUCUGCCUGCAGCUGGGCCCGGGGGAGACCAGAUCAGACACUUUAAAUUUUAUUGGGGAAGCAGAGAGGGGGGAGUCCCGUCGUUGAGCCACCUUCCCGGCGCCCCCGACUCCGGCCCGGGCUCUGGGAGGUGACUCCGGGGUCCGCCCUGUCUGUUCCGGCGCAGCGGCGGCUCGCGGUGGCAGCCCGAAAGUAGUAACACUUGAUCGCGGCCUCCGGGGGUAAAAGUGAGCCGAGGCGGGCGCGGGCGGCUCUCCCGGCGCCCGGGCGCCCGCUGCUUCUCGCCGUUCCUUCCCUCCCCGGCUCCCCGGCGGCCGCAGCAUGAAGUGGCGCAGCGAUGGCCAGAAGAGGUAAGAAGCCCGUAGUGCGGACGCUGGAGGAUCUGACGCUGGACUCGGGUUAUGGUGGCGCGGCGGACUCGGUGCGCUCCUCCAACUUGUCCCUGUGCUGUUCCGACUCGCACCCGGCGUCCCCGUAUGGCGGGAGCUGCUGGCCGCCUCUAGCUGACUCCAUGCACAGCCGGCACAACAGCUUUGACACUGUCAACACUGCCCUGGUGGAAGACUCCGAGGGGCUGGACUGCGCCGGCCAGCACUGCUCGCGGCUGCUGCCGGACCUCGACGAGGUGCCCUGGACCCUCCAGGAGCUGGAGGCGCUGCUGCUGCGCUCGCGGGAUCCCCGGGCAGGCCCGGCGGUCCCCGGCGGCCUGCCCAAAGACGCGCUGGCCAAGCUGUCCAUGCUGGUGAGCCGGGCGCUGGUACGCAUCGCCAAAGAGGCGCAGCGCCUGAGCCUGCGCUUCGCUAAGUGCACCAAGUACGAGAUCCAGAGCGCCAUGGAGAUCGUGCUGUCCUGGGGCCUGGCGGCGCACUGCACGGCGGCCGCGCUGGCCGCGCUGUCGCUCUACAACAUGAGCAGCGCCGGCGGCGACCGCCUGGGCCGCGGCAAGUCGGCGCGCUGCGGCCUCACCUUCUCCGUGGGCCGCGUGUACCGCUGGAUGGUGGACAGCCGCGUGGCGCUGCGCAUCCACGAGCACGCCGCCAUCUACCUGACCGCUUGCAUGGAGAGCCUCUUCCGGGACAUCUACGCGCGGGUCGUGGCCUCCGGGCUGCCUCGGAGCUGCAGCGGGUCCGGCCCGGCGGCCAGCGCCGGCCCAGGCCCGGGUUCCGGCCCCGGCCCGGUCCCGGGCGCGGGCGCGGUCCCCGCGGCGGAGAAGGAACGCGAGGCGCCCGGAGGGGGAGCGGCCAGCGGCGGCGCCUGCAGCGCGGCCAGCAGCGCCAGCGGGGGCAGCAGCUGUUGCGCCCCUCCGGCCGCCGCUGCAGCCGCUGCCGCCGCUGCCGCCGCCGCCGCCUCCGCGCCGGCCACCGCCGCCACCAACCACCACCACCACCACCACCACGCGCUCCACGAGGCGCCCAAGUUCACCGUGGAGACGCUGGAGCACACGGUCAACAACGACUCGGAGAUCUGGGGGCUCCUGCAACCCUACCAGCACCUUAUCUGCGGGAAGAACGCCAGCGGGGUGCUGUGCCUGCCAGACAGCCUGAACCUGCACCGGGACCCGCAGCGGGCGGGCAAGCCGGGGGAGCUGCCCCUGUUCAGCCAGUCGGAGCUGAGGACUGUGGAGCAGUCGCUGCUGGCCACCCGCGUGGGCAGCAUCGCCGAGCUGAGUGACCUGGUGUCGCGUGCCAUGAUCCACCUGCAGCCCCUGCACGCCAAGCACCACGGCAACGGCACUCCCCUGCACAACAAGCAGGGGGCGCUCUACUGGGAGCCCGAGGCCCUCUACACCCUCUGCUACUUCAUGCACUGCCCGCAGAUGGAGUGGGAGAACCCCAACGUGGAGCCUUCCAAGGUCACCCUCCAGGUGGAAAGGCCCUUCCUCGUGCUGCCGCCGCUGAUGGAGUGGAUCCGGGUGGCCGUGGCGCACGCCGGCCACCGCCGCAGCUUCUCCAUGGACAGCGACGACGUCCGCCAGGCGGCGCGGCUGCUGCUCCCCGGCGUGGACUGCGAGCCGCGCCAGCUCAGGGCCGACGACUGCUUCUGCGCGUCUCGGAAGCUGGACGCUGUGGCCAUCGAAGCCAAGUUCAAGCAGGACCUGGGUUUCCGGAUGCUCAACUGCGGGCGGACGGACCUGGUGAAGCAGGCGGUGUCCCUCCUGGGGCCUGAUGGCAUCAACACCAUGAGCGAGCAGGGCAUGACCCCACUGAUGUACGCGUGUGUGCGCGGGGACGAGGCCAUGGUUCAGAUGCUGCUGGACGCCGGAGCUGACCUGAACGUGGAGGUUGUCAGUACUCCUCAUAAAUACCCGUCCGUCCACCCCGAGACCCGCCAUUGGACGGCUCUGACUUUUGCUGUGUUGCAUGGACAUAUUCCUGUAGUUCAGCUGCUCCUGGACGCGGGAGCCAAGGUGGAGGGCUCGGUGGAGCACGGCGAGGAGAACUACUCCGAGACGCCCCUGCAGCUGGCCGCCGCCGUGGGAAAUUUUGAGCUGGUUAGUUUGCUGUUGGAGCGUGGCGCAGACCCCCUGAUAGGAACCAUGUACAGGAAUGGAAUUUCCACCACCCCGCAGGGGGAUAUGAACUCUUUCAGCCAGGCCGCGGCCCAUGGACACAGGAAUGUGUUCCGCAAACUGCUCGCUCAGCCAGAGAAGGAGAAGAGUGAUAUCCUGUCCCUGGAGGAGAUUCUGGCCGAGGGGACUGACCUGGCCGAGACAGCCCCGCCCCCCCUGUGUGCCAGCCGCAACAGCAAGGCCAAACUGAGAGCCCUGAGGGAGGCCAUGUAUCACAGCGCUGAGCAUGGCUACGUGGAUGUCACGAUAGAUAUCCGGAGCAUAGGUGUCCCGUGGACGCUGCACACGUGGCUGGAGUCCCUGCGCGUGGCUUUCCAGCAGCACCGCCGGCCCCUCAUCCAGUGCCUGCUGAAGGAGUUCAAGACCAUCCAGGAGGAGGAGUACACGGAGGAGCUGGUCACCCAGGGCCUGCCCCUGAUGUUCGAGAUCCUGAAGGCCAGCAAGAACGAGGUGAUCAGCCAGCAGCUGUGCGUCAUCUUCACGCACUGCUACGGGCCCUACCCCAUCCCCAAGCUCACGGAGAUCAAGCGGAAGCAGACCUCGCGCCUGGAUCCGCAUUUCCUCAACAACAAAGAGAUGUCGGACGUCACCUUCCUGGUGGAAGGCCGGCCCUUCUACGCCCACAAAGUGCUGCUCUUCACGGCCUCGCCCAGGUUCAAAGCGCUCCUCUCGAGCAAACCCACGAAUGACGGCACCUGCAUCGAGAUCGGCUAUGUGAAGUACCCCAUCUUUCAUCUGGUCAUGCAGUAUCUCUACUGCGGCGGGCCCGAGACUCUGCUCAUCAAGAACAACGAGAUCAUGGAGCUUCUGUCCGCCGCCAAGUUUUUCCAGCUGGAGGCGUUGCAGCGCCACUGCGAGAUCAUCUGCGCGAAGGGCAUCAACACGGACAACUGCGUGGACAUCUACAGCCACGCCAAGUUUCUCGGGGUCACCGAGCUCUCGGCCUACUGCGAAGGCUACUUCCUCAAGAACAUGAUGGUCCUGAUCGAGAACGAAGCGUUCAAGCAGCUCCUGUACGACAAGAGCGGCGAGGGCACGGGCCAGGACGUGAUGCAGGACUUACAGAGGACGUUGGCCGUCCGCAUCCAGUCAAUCCACCUGUCCUCUUCCAAAGGGUCCGUCGUAUGAGACACGGGGUGCAGGGGGCGCUCCGGGGCGUGGGGUGGCGCUGUCUGGCCUCCACACAGAUGCGUAUCGAAUCUCACCCAGCGUCUGUUUCUGGGGGGUGUCCUGGGAAGCGGCCACGACAGCCCACGGCUUCUCUUAAACCAGCCCAUGCGUCUCCUGUGGGUUCCUGAUGAAAAAAGCAAAGGACAUUGUCACGGUCCACGGCUGGGGCUGAGACUCUCGAGGUCAAUGUGGGGCAACUGAGUCACCCCUCCCGCCAGCCCCCGGGGCAGGCGAACAGUCAUUAUAGGGGGCCACUGCCCAAUGGACAGACUGAGAAUUAAAAAAAAUGGUUCUGGUUCCGGGUGGACCGGGAGGAGCUGACCGCAGCAUCGCUGCACGUUCAGGGCCCCCCUGGCUGUCGCUGGGCGUGGUCAGCCCCGGGAGCGGAUCGGAGAGACGGUCUCCGAUCCUGGAUCGAUCAUUUGGCAAAUUUUUAGGGGUGGGGACUUUUUAAACACAGAAACAAGACAGCCUGGUAGUUUAAAAUAUAUUUCUAACCGCUUACCAGUUUGUUUUCAACCAAAUUGUGUUUAGGAAUCUGUGUUUGGAGGUUCUUUCUUUUUUUUUUUUUUAAUUUUAACUGUGAGUCUGUAUAAACAUGCAUUGACGGGGUAGUGCUGAUAUUCUAUACGAAGUCAAAUAACCUUGCCUUAGUGAUCAUGGUUACCCACAAGAGGUACACUGCCAAUAAUCAAUAAUUAACUCUCAUUCAAUAGUUGAAAACAGCCUGCAUGCUAAUCGUGGUUUGGGGGGGCGAGAAUAAGACACCCCCCACAUAACAAAACAUGCAUUUGCAUGCGCCCGAAUCUGUGAAAUGUUAUGUUUGUGCUUCAUUUUUACCGAGGUCCACAUGUCCCAUCGACUUUCUGCUCAGAAUCCAUGAGGCAAACCUACCCUCGCCAUGUCCUCUCUCUUCAUUAGGAAUGAUUCGGGGCGGCUUUUGCAAAAACAUGUUCCUAAGACGACGCAGUCGACGGGAGGGGGCGGGGGAAGCACGUGUGAGAAGUGACUCGAUCCCAGAGUUCUCCUCUGUAUUCUCAGAAGAUGUUAAUAGUUUGUUACUAGCCAGAGACUAUGACUAUGUUAGAUUAUUUUUCAAGGCGAAUCAUGUACCAUAGGAUGGACACUUUCUGUAUCCUCAGAAUGUAUAGCACAGGGUUCUCGCUGAUGGAAGCUUCCGUCCACAGGCGACCGUGGGCUCUGCCAUAUAUUAUAAGCAAAAGAGAUUGGUGAAGUGCCACAAUAUUCAAAAUAAUCCUGGAGUCGCUGCCUUUCUUUCCUGUCACUGAAAGCCUGGAGACAGGGCGUCCGGACUCGGAGAAUGGCUUCCCCGCUUCGGGAUGGCCAAGUUCUGUUGACCCGCCCGUUUGCUCACAUGCCUUUGGGAAGUCGCUCGUGAGUCCCAGAUUCCAGAGGAGCUUGUGCACCCCCGGUCCACUCCCCUCACCAUGGCGUCGAGUCCUGUUUUGUGGGGGUGACGCGUGGAGCACCCGGGCCGAGUUUGUCUCCGGACAGGCUGUCUGGGAGGCCAGGCCAACACAAGGCCGUUGACACCCUCCCCUGCCCCGGCAUGGAGCGAGGCCAUGGGGGCAUGGCCCACAGUAUUCACAUCAGGUCGCAAAGGGAGCUCGGGUCCUGCUGUCUCCUUGUGCGUGGCCACAUGGGCAUGCCGUGACUUCCCUGGGAAUGUCCGAGGCUAGUUCAGGGCGCCCGAGUUCGGAUCUGUACGGUGGCAGCUCCCACAGGUGGCAUCCUUGGUUCUAGACUUUGCUGUACUUUCUCUGUCAUUAAAAGGAGUGAUUUUUUCCAAGAUUCA